AUGUUUCCUAAUCUUUUCUUUGGCCACCUCCUGUUUGUGCCUGCUUCUUCCCACCUAUUUCCGGUAAUCUGCAAACAUACACACACACAAAAAAAAAGCGAAAAGAGAGAGGGUUUCAACAAUGACAGUUUAGCAGUAAUGAAAUCAAAAGACGCAAAAAAGAAACAUUGUAACUGGCGUUGGGCAGCGUGGGUGGAAUAUAGGGUGUUUUUAAAGUAUGUGAAACAGUAA